AUGUCGGAUGCGGGCGAGCGAGCUCCGCCUGACCCGGCUCCGGCUACUGAUGCCUCGACAUCGUCUCCUUCUGUUCAAACACAUGUCCAGACGCCAAUUGAACCCUUACAUCCGUCUACCAACGCCCCUCAAGUGAGAGCUGCGCCCUCUUCUGUGCAAGCACCGCCCUUAUAUACCCGCUCAACCCCUCCCACACCAUCGCCUGCAUCGUCUUAUGCAAGUCCCGUCGUAACUGUGAGAAUGAAUGCGACACAGCCCCCGUCAAUGCCACCAACACCAGUAUCAAGAGGUGUCAUUAACACGGGUGCUGGGGUAAGUUCCAAUGGUUCUGUUUCCCCUGCUCUUGCUCCUGGGAGUCAUGCAAAUGCUAGUUCCCACACAUCAGGUGCCGUGAAGCCCAUUUCCACUGGAUUGGCGUCACCAGCAUCACCAGCACCACGUCCUCCCUUUAUCAUAUCGAAUGCAUUAGCUGCGGCUUCGGGUUUGGGGCCUAUACCGCGGCGCGGUACAACUGCCACUCCUGCUACGGUGACGCCUUCUGCUAUGUCGCAUCGCACACACACUCCGAGCCCUAUACCUGUGAAUUCGAGCAUCAGCUCACGUCCAGUGGCAAAUACAAGCACAGCUACAUCCACCCACGCAUCUCCAACUACUCAACAGAUGCCGGCACCACCCCCACCACCACCCCAAAGUGCCGCGGCGGGCGACAUCCGUCCUGUGCGUUUACCGCCUCACAAAGACUUGAUCAGUGAGGAUGCCGAACUAGCUGCACAACGCGCACGAACACGUGCGAGGUAA